UGUUUGGGUGUCAACAGACCACGAUGACAUUGAAGAAGUUGCAAAAUCCUGGGGGGCCAAAGUCCACCGGAGGAGCAAGAAAGUCUCCAAGGACUCCUCCACCUCCUUGGAGACGAUUCAGGAGUUUAUAAAUCACCCAGAGGUGACUGUGGUCUGUAACAUCCAGGCUACGUCUCCGUGUCUCCAUCCAUCUCACCUAAAGAACGCCCUGAAGAAGAUCACAAAUGACGGAUAUGACUCCGUCUUCUCUGUGGUCCGGAGACACCAGUUCCGCUGGAAGGAGGUCAAGGAAGGAAGUGAUGAAAGCACUGAGCCGGAGAAUCUGAACCCUGCAAAGCGUCCGCGGCGUCAGGACUGGAACGGAGAACUGGUUGAGAAUGGUUCCUUUUACUUUGCUACCAGAGAACUCGUCGAGAAAGGACUGCUGCAGGGCGGUCGGGUCGCCUACUUUGAGAUGGAGCCGCAGCACAGCGUGGACAUUGACGUGGACAUCGACUGGCCUGUGGCAGAGCAGAGAGUACUCAGGUUCGGUUACUUUGGCCGGGGAGUGUCUCUGAUGUUCUGUGAAGUUUCUGGAUGUUUGACCGAUGGACGGGUGAACUUGACUGGGUCCUCUGCUGGUGGUCAGCGUGACACUGAUUCUGGAAUAUGCUCUGCUGACGUGUCUGAGUCCGAGCCGUCUUCUAAGGGCUCCGUCCACAGCAGCGACACAGAAGGAUUCAGUGUCUCCAUCCACAGGAGAGACAUCACAGCACUCAGGAAGCUGCAGAAAGACGACGUGGAGGUGGUGCUGCUGAUCUCCACGGAGGACAUCGCGCUCCAACAGAUGAGUUCUAAACUGAAGAUGAUGACAGACUGUGAAGUGAUGGUAGUCGGAGAGGAUCCACUAAAAGAUGUGCAGUCGAAGGUGGAGGAGAAGAAGCUGGACUGGAAGGAGGUGGCCUACAUGGGCUGCGAUGCGGCGUCCGCCUGCUGUCUGAACCUGGCGGGCCUGAGCGCGGCGCCGGCAGGCCCAUCCGACGCCAUCAGAGCCAGCAAGUUUGCCUGCAAGCAAGGCGGCGGUGCGGGCGCCGUGCGGGACUUCGCCGAACACGUCCUGCUCCAGAAGCAGCAAGCCAGGCUCCAGAUGAAGCAGGACAGGAUCAACCGCUUCUGAUGCGAGAUUAAAACGCGACACGUUUUGUGUGAAGCACUUGACAAGUCAAGUUUCAACGGAACGGAUCAUGAAGGCAAAAGAUCCCAAAUGACGUUGGUACUGAAUUAAAAAUGAGAAUAGCUUGGGUUUACCUCGGACUUUCUGCACAGCACCUGUUCCUGUUAAACACUAGAAGCCACAGUUUUCUUUCUGCACGUCUUAGUUCAGUUCACUCAUUUGAUUGAUGUUCUAUAGCUGGUUGGUUUUUCAUGAAACAUCCAGAGGCAAUACUUUAAAACACAAUGAGAACAAGCUAUGGAUUUCUGUAUUUCUUGAGUAAAAGUUGAGACAAAGACACUUAAAUAAAUCUAAAUUCACAGGAAUGUAUUAGAUCUGAAGUUCUUCCACUAUGUCAUAGCAUUUCAUUGUUUUACAUUCGGCUCAUAAACUGACAGAUACCACUGAUUAUGUUUGGGGUGCUUUGCUGCUUUAACUCUGUCCUGAUUGGUCUGAUUUAGUUAUGUCCUGCACAUAUUAAGGUUUUGAAUCAAAUUGCAGUUUUCUGCCUGCUAUGAUGUAACUGUAAUAGCUUAAAUAUGCUGUAUUUAUUUAUCUAUAGCAUUAGUGACAAAUUACUUUUUUGUCAUAGAACAGCUGUUCAGAGCAAAAACUGAUUUUCUAUUUGAUACAAUAAAGGGGAAAAGUAUAUUUGCUUCCAACCAUUAAGAUAUUAUCAAUAAAAGAUUAAAUGA